CUCUGAAGCGCCCGUGUCCUCUCUCUUUCUCUCUCUCGUCGGUUAAUUCUCUCUAUGGUGGGAGAGGGAAGGAGGCGCCCUUCUGCGCUCGGCGUGGCUUUUCGCUCUUCCGAAGCGGCUGUGGUUCCCAAAAUUGCCGCGUCUCUGUGAAUCUGCGAGAGUAGUUCGUAGAAGUUAGAGAUGAUGCACAACAAGUCUGACUCAGAUGUGACCAGCCUAGCCGCCUCGUCGCCUCCUCGAUCCCCCAAGAGGGCGGUCUACUACGUGCAGAGCCCGUCGAGGGACUCGCACGAUGGCGACAAGUCGUCGUCGAUGCAGGCUACCCCAGUUUACAACAGCCCCAUGGAGUCACCCUCCCACCCUUCCUUCGGACGCCACUCCAGGACCUCCUCGGCCAGCCGGUUCUCGGGGCCUUUCCGGUCAUCGUCGGGCCGGAAGGGAAACAGGAAGAGGGUGAAUGACAAGGGUUGGCCUGAGUGCAAUGUGAUCCAGGAAGAAGGGUCUUAUGAUGAUCUCGAUGAGGACAGGGGGUUGUCUCGGCGUUGCCAGAUCAUUCUUGCUCUCCUCAGCUUUGUUCUGCUCUUCACGGUCUUCUCUCUUAUCAUAUGGGGGGCGGCACGACCAUACAAAGCAAAGGUUGUGGUGAAGAGCCUGGCAAUGGAUGACUUUUAUGCUGGAGAAGGUUCGGAUACUACUGGUGUGCCCACUAAGAUGGUGACCGUGAAUUGUUCGCUGAAGAUAAGCAUCUACAACCCUGCAUCAAUGUUUGGCAUCCACGUUACAUCAAGCUCUAUUAACCUCAUCUUUUCAGAAAUUACAAUUGCAACAGGCGAGCUGAAGAAAUAUUACCAGCCUAGAAAGAGCCGUCGAACACUUUCUCUCAUCCUGCAUGGCGAGAAGGUUCCUCUAUAUGGUGCCGGGGCAGGCUUGGCUCUGUCGAGCGCCGGCGGUGCAGUACCAUUAACUCUGGACCUGGAGAUCAUCUCUCGGGGAUAUGUGAUAGGAAAGCUGGUGAAAGUGAAGCACCGAAAGCACGUCUCAUGCCCAUUAGUUGUUGAUUCUAGUAAUACCAAACCUAUAAGGUUCUCCCAGAAUGCAUGUUCCUAUGAGUGACUUCUAGAUUUAGUGCUUGGCUAUUUGGUUACAUGUAAUAGGGAACAUAACGUGUUUCAUUUCCAUGUCAGUGAGUGUGAUUUAGUUUGUGAUAGAAGCAGUAGUGGUAUUUGGUUAGAGUUUGCUAGAAAUGUCUUGGUUUAUGCUCAUUGUAAGCCUAUCCUUGUAUCAUUAAAACAACAAAAUGGCAGGAUUUUGGUGCAGCAUCUUUCAACUCAAAUGUCUAUGAUUGACUGA